AUGGAACAAAGUUCACAUAAUAGAGUUUAUAUAAAUCCAAAUUUUAAGAGGACAGAAACAGAUUUCCGGCUCCCAGAACAAAUAAAGACAACACACUUUAACAGAUAUUUUGUUGAGGAACUGCCAUGUAGAGCAAGGAACAUGAAAAGUAAUGAGACAAUGACAAACAACAGGAAAAUAUAUGUCAACCCAAAUUUUAUUAAUAGCAACAAUGACACUCAAAACCAACCUUCAAGAAGUGCAAGAUAUAUUGAAUCAAAUGAAAAUGCAAACUAUGCUCUAAAUGCACAAAUGCUGCAAAACUAUAAACACACUUUAGUGCAAAAUUUUCAACAGGUAAGUAAAGAACAAGCAAGGAAUAAUUUUAUACAAAUAAACACGAACAAUGCUCAAACAAAUAAAGAUGUGGCUUUUCAUUUUGCUAAUGCCAUAAAUGUCUCUCGAAACAAUCCAGUUGCAAAUGUAAGUUAUAUUGAAAAUGGGAAUAUUUUAAAUAGGCAGUUGUUAUACAAAUCUAAAUAUUCUUUAAUACAAAACAAUAAGGUACAAGAAAGGCCAAUAGAAAAAGAUAGAGUGAAUUCUGUAGUGACAAUCAUGGAAUCACAGGAAAUCAAGAAAUCAAACCAGGAGGUUCCAUUGUCUAAAUCUCGUUAUUGCAUUAUCAGAAAGAAAAAAAGAUUAUCUCUUACUUUUGAACAGACAAAUGAAAGUAAAUUAACAAAUAAUCUUGUAACACCCAAGUAUCCUGUACCUGUAGCUUGUUCAAAUCAAUUGACAUGUUAUACAAAUUCACAAAAGAACAAAUUUAGCUGUAAAACACCUGAAAAAAUAACGAAAAUCAAAAUAACAAAGUAUAAAAUUAUUCCUGUAAAUUCCUUGAAAAAGCAUACAGUUGUAUUUAAUGAAAACAAAUCUAUAACUACAGCUUCAAAAGUUUACAGAAAAAGUAAUGCAAGGUUAAGUUCUUCUUCAAUUAAGAAAAAUAGAUUUAAGUUUAUUAAAACUAGCACACCUGUUAAGUCUAGUACACCUGUAUCAACAAUAAAGGUAGCUUCAAGAAUUGCACAAAACAUAGGAAAAGGCGCGUGUAGUGGAAGUAAAGUGAAGUUAUCAAAAUCUUUAAGAGCCAAGUUCAAUGUGAACAAUAUUCCAUGCAGGCUAUUUACUAAAUAUGGAAAAUGCUUAAGACAAGAUCAAGGAAACUGCAAAUAUUUGCAUGAUAAAAAACACGUAUCAUUGUGCCGCAAAUUCUUAAAAGGUAUAUGCCAUGAUAAAAAAUGCUCUCUUUCUCAUGAACUCACAGCAAAAAAGAUGCCCACGUGUUAUUUUUAUCUAAACGGCAUGUGUACUAAAGAUGGUUGUCCAUACUUGCACGUCAAAUUAAGUGAUAAAACUAAGAUAUGUCAAGAAUUUUCAAAAGGAUAUUGCGAAAAUGGUGACAAGUGCCCAUACAAACAUGUUAAUGUUAAUCAAAAAAGCAGGAAACUAUCAAGUAAGAACCCAAGAAGUUCACAACUAAAGAAUUCUAAGUUAAAAAUUGAAGAAGAAAACACAGGUAAUUGUAAUACAACAUUGAAUUUAGAAGACAAAUUAGAAAAUAAAGAUGGAGAUUGUAGGUAUUAUAAAGAAUCAGUUAACAGUGAUGAGAGUUACGAAGCUAUUAAGCCUAAAAGAUGCAAAUUGGGCAACUUGCCUUCAUUUAUACAGUUGUAGUUAAUCAUGCUAAAAUUACAUUUAUUUUCUUACGACCUCUUCUAAUAAUGUUACGAAUAAGUUUUUGAUUAACAUAAAAUAUAAUAAUUUAAUUAUAAUCUAUUUUAUAAAUUUAAUUAUAAUAAUUAUUAAUAGCAAUUUUGUAUUAGUCUUCUUAUAGUAUUAAUGAAUUUAUAAUAUUUUUUGUCUUUAAGUUGAUAUGUCCUGAAUAAUGAUAAUGGACGAUUCAGAGAAUAAUUCAUAGAAUGUGUAUGUUAAAGGUUGUCAAGCUCUGUUUUGUUAUUGAAAAUAUUUGAACAUGACAAUAUAUUUAUACAAGAAAAAAAAUGAGAACAUAAAUAUUUAUCUAAAAAACAGAUUGUACUAUUUUUAUAUCAAUACAUAAUUCGAAUACUUGUUAUUAUAUUAAAGUGAAAUUCACAAUGUUGACAAAUUUGAUUGUCUUUGUUCAGUGUGCUGUAGGUUAAUAUAAUUUGAAAAUAAAAGAUUUUUUUAUUAA